AUGGUUGUAUUCCACAUAGUUGCUUUCAAAACUCAUUCUUCGGCGGGACUUCAAGCUCUCCGAGAGGGGUUCCUCGAUCUGCCAAAUGUAUGCCUACACCCUAAGACUGGACAGCCAUAUAUAAAGAUAGCCCGAGGGGGUAAACAAGUCAGCACAGAAGGGAAAGAUCGAGGAAUGCAAGUUUGCUUUGUCAUGGAAUUUGAGACGGAAGACGACUUGGAAUAUUAUAUUGAUAAGGAUCCGGUUCAUAUGGAGUUUAAGAACAAAGCCGGCGGUCAGUGGGAAGUCUUAGACGUUGUUGCUAUGGACUUCAAUGAGGGCGUUUUCUGA